GAUUUACCAUAUGAUCGAUCAUUUUUUUUGAAGAAAUUUAAUUUUCUGUUUAUGUUUGUUAAUUGGUUUAUUUUGUGAUUAAUUUACAUCAUGUAUUAUUUUUCUAUUGUUUUUUGUAUCUACUUAACAUCUUCAGUAUGUUUAGCUCAAGAAGGACCAAUUUAUGCCUCAGAAUCACUUGUUAAACAUUCGAGUAUAAAUACAAUUGAAGGAAGUUUUCCAAGUCCUAAUUCCUCUAUUACACCUUCUUGGUUUAUUGCUACUCGAAUUAUUGUUAAUUAUGGUCAAUUUAUUGGUUUUAUGAAGAGAGAUGGGACAUUUGAAAUAAAUAAUGUUCCACCAGGAUCUUAUCUUGUUGAAGUUACUAAUCCCGAUUAUUUGUAUAUACCAGUGCGAGUUGACAUUAAUUCCAAGGGUAAAAUCCGAGCCCGAAAAGUGAAUUACAUUCAAACCUCUGCAGUGCACCAGGUUAAUUAUCCAUUAAAGUUUAAGCCUCAAUCAUAUUUCGCUUAUUUCCAACAAAGAGAAACCUGGAGAGUAACAGAUUUCCUUUUCAACCCUAUGGUUAUGAUGAUGGUAUUACCUUUGAUUCUGAUCAUGAUUCUACCUAAGAUGAUGAACGCUGCUGAUUCUGAAGCUCAGAGAGAAAUACAAAACACUCAAAUGCCCGAUGUGCCUGAAUUAUCUGAAAUGAUGACAAAUUGGUUUACCGGAGGAAAUGCAGGUCCAAGUAAACAAAUUACUGGUAAAGGGGAGAAGACGAGUAGUACCAAGUUGAUUAAGAAAAGAUGAAAAUUGUCACUGGUUGAGUUAAUUUUCACCAUUAGUGAUAUUGUCUUGCUUUUUUCCUCUGUAUUUGAUUAUUUAUUGUCAUGAAGUAAAACCUCUUGAUCACAAA